CCAAUAAAUCUAGCUAACUGAAAGAUUAACUCAAUUUUUCGCAAUUUUUUUGGCCCCCAUAUACGAGGAGAAAUGACUCUCUCACUUUGGGGGUUUCCUGGUCACCGACACGUGGUACACAAGAAGGGACACGUGGUACACAAGAAGGGGAACCUGCCGAUGACGUCAUGUUUCACUACCGCGCGGAAAUUAAAAGGAAACGUGGCUUUAUCAGCAUCGAGAGCUCCACGUCUGAAAAUGGACUCCAUCUCAUUGAUGGGCAGCAGUCCUGCCAGCAAGGCCUCCUUCCUUCCUAAUGGAGUGAAGAACGGGCCCAGAGAAGGCUCCAGCAAACCCUUGGUGGCCAUCAUCGGCUCUGGGGAUUUCUCCAAGUGCUUGGCCAUCCGUCUGCUGCGUAGUGGCUUCCAGGUGGUGGUGGGCAGUCGACAGCCCAAGCGGGCAGCUGAGUUUUUUCCUCAUGUGGUAGACGUGACCCAUCACGAGGAUGCAGUGGGCAAAGCCUCCAUUAUUUUCCUGGCUAUCCGCAGAGAGCACUACUCUUCUCUCUGGGACAUCAAGCACCUGUUAACUGGCAAAAUCUUGGUGGACGUCAGCAACAACAGGAGGUCGAACCAGUAUCCAGAAUCCAAUGCAGAGUACCUCGCUUCCCUUUUCCCAGAGUCCAACGUAGUGAAAGGGUUUAAUGUCAUUUCGGCAUGGGCUAUGCAGUCAGGCCCUAAAGAUGCUAGUCGACAGGUGUAUAUCUGCAGUAACUCAGUGGAAGCGAGGCAGCAGGUCAUCGAGUUGGCCCGGCAGCUCAGUUUCAUUCCUGUGGACAUGGGCAUGCUCUCCUUGGCAAAGGAAAUAGAGAACAUGCCGUUACGGCUGUUUUCAGACUGGAAAGGUCCCGUUCUGACCGCUGUUGCCCUUUCCAUCUUCUUCUUUGCCUACUCUUUCAUUCGGGACAUCAUUCAUCCGUAUGUGAAGAAUAGGCAAAGCUUUUUCUUUAAGAUCCCACUGGAAAUGGUGAACAGGACACUGCCGGUGGUGGCCAUAACCCUGCUGGCACUGGUGUAUUUAGUGGGUCAGCUCGCUGCUGCGCACCAGCUCUUCUAUGGAACCAAGUUCAGGCGCUUUCCCUGCUGGCUGCAGGGAUGGUUACAGAGUCGCAAGCAGCUGGGCCUGCUCAGCUUUUUCUUCGCCUGCAUCCAUGUCCUCUACAGCCUCUGCCUGCCCAUGAGGAGGUCUGAGAGAUAUCUGUUGCUCAAUAUGGCCUACCAGCAGGUCCAUGCCAACAUAGAAAACUCGUGGAAUGAGGAGGAGGUGUGGAGAGUGGAGAUUUAUGUGUCUUUUGGUAUUAUGAGUCUGGGCCUUCUCUCCCUCUUGGCCGUCACAUCCAUUCCAUCAGUAAACAGCACUCUCAACUGGCGAGAGUUCAGCUUUAUCCAGUCCACGCUUGGCUAUAUUGCCCUGCUUAUUGCCACAUUCCACGCACUGUUGUUUGGCUGGAAGCGAGCUUUUGAAGAGGAGUCUUAUCGUUUCUACAUGCCGCCCACCUUCGUAGUAGCCGUGGCUCUGCCUGUCACAGUGAUUGUGGGUAAAGCUGUGCUCAUGAUGCCUUGCAUGGCCUGGAGGCUGAAGAGAAUCCGCAGAGGCUGUGACAACAGUCAGCAUCAUGCUGAUUGUGAGAGACCUGCAGCCCAUGUUUCCCCAGAGAGAGUCACCAUCAUGUAGCUGUAUAUGUAAUACUCUAAUAACUCAGCAGUAGUUCAGCCUUGUUCCUACUGUACAGUGCCCACACAUCUCAUGUGUCCCAGCUAUGACCAAAAGAAGGAACUGUUUGUAGAGACACAAAGAGAAAAUGAUCCUGAUGUUACGUCGCAAAGUUUUGUUUUCCAUGUUGCCCUCAAGUAUUUGAUGAUCUGUCUUAAACUUUCCUGUGGACUUUUCAGUUCAUAUUGUGUUACUGGGAGUCACAUGAUUAGUGCAUGAAGUGAAUUUGGAGUCACAGUAGCUAGACUUGUGACGGGGCCUCUGACUCCAUAUAAUUGAACCUAUAGCCAAAAUGGAUGGCUCCGUUUAGGCCGUGUGCUUUGGCCAUAUGCUGUGGUAUCAUUCUGAACAUUAUGUAAUAGGAAAAUGAUCAGUGAUGGUCUCAUACCAUCCUCAAGUCUUUUAUUCCUCAUAUAACACAGCAAUUUGCCAAAGAUUAAUUUUUUUAAUUUCUUUUAAAUAAAGAAUGGCACAGCACAUUUGUAUCCGUUUAACAUCCACAAAGCAAGUAAGUUCCCAUUAUCACUUAUAUUUUAGCAGCUAUAAACAGUUGUUCUAUUACUUUCUCUUGAAUACAACAAAAAUGCAGCUUGUUACAAAGAAACCAGAAAAAUAGGGAUGAUUUUCCGUUUCAGAAAAUUGCCAAUUCCAUUUUGUGAUUUUGCCAAUUCCGCCCCCCUUUUCUGUAAUAAGGGAUAGGAAAAAGUUUCCAUGUACCGAUGAUACAGUUUUGGAGUUCUGAAAUCCAUAAAAACAAAACUUGAGCAAGACAUUUUUAAUUCAAUUUCUCCAUAAUUAUAGACUUUCAGGUUCAAAUUGGGAGAGUGAGAGAAGUUGAAGAAAUGUAUGGUAUCACCUCCACUGAAAGACAUCAAAAUGAAAUAAAAGACAUCAUGUCAGGGCUCGACAUUUAACUUUUUAAUCCACUUGUCCGGUCGGAUAAGCAGCAAGAUUUUUCACUUGUCCUGACCAUAACCUUUUUAUUACUAUGUAUUUACUAGUUCAGUGAAAAGAACGUGGAUAACAAAGUUUAUCAAAAAGCAGGUAUAUUUAUGAUAAUCAUUAUGAUUUAGUGAUUUUAUAAUUUUUUAAUAAAACUCAAACUUUAAGUGUAACAAUAAACAAAAACUAUCCAGUGCCCCAUUGUGAUGAUCAAUUACCUGAUCUGCAGUUUUAAGAGUUAGACUCACCCAAAUUCAAAGCUUCUGGAGGAAAUAAAGUUAAAUCUUGAUUAAUCCAGUAAAACAUGAAGUAUAAAUGAAUUUAAUGAAAUGAAACGAAAGAAAACAAGUUGGACAUAAGGGUGACUGAAUCAUGUUGUGAAUGAAAACAAACUGUGAGUUUGGCACUGUCGUAAAAUCCCUGCAAAAUAUUUUACGACAUUUGUGAUCAUGCAAAAGAAAAAUACAUUGAAUGUCCAACUGAUAUGAAGAUUCACAACAGAUAUUUAUUUUAUUGAGGUAUUUGAUUGCCAUUUAUCUGAUUUUGAUUAAUUCAAAGUCUAAUAAUCUAUAAUUAGAUAUUAGUGUGGUUAUUUUUACACAUGCGCCUGCUGUACUCGGCUUCCCCGGAAUUUUGUAAACAAUAACACGGCCGGAUCACUGAGGUGAUUGAACUAGUUGGAACUUUGAUGUAACUCUUGAAUAUUUACUAUAAAAAUUGUGAUCUUCAACAAAUAUUCAACUUGUCCUGUCGGACAGGCAGAUCCAGCUUUAACUUGUCCAGAUGAAACAUUUGGUUGUCCCGGACAGUCGGACUACUGUUAACGUUGGCCCUGCAUGUGCACGAUGAAAGGUCACCAUAAAUUCACAAAGUACUCAAGUCACAGAAAUGGCAAUGAACAUGAACUAAUGAAGAAACAGACGGGAGACCACUUGAGUACGAUUCACCCAAACGGAGCCUCAAUAUAACCAUUGUACAUCAGCAUUGUGAGCUGCUUUACAUUUUCCGGGUUGAGGCGUUCCCACUUAUAAACCUCAGAUGUCUUUUUAUUAUUUUUUUUUUUAACCCAAAUCAGCGUUCACACUGAUCAUAAGCCCUUGUGUCAUUUACAACAUGGCGGGACAUUUGAUAGUUUGUUGAUAACCUGGUUUACACUGAGAUUCAAUUUCUUUUUGUUAAAAAAAAAAGUCCUUGCUGUAUAGCUGCAUGGAUUGAAUUUAUUGGGUUUUGAAACGGGAUACCGACAAAAACCCAUUUUCCGUUUCAGAUGAGUGAUUCUGUGAUUUCUGUGUUUUUUCUGUGAUCGCUGAAAAUUAUCAUCCCGACAGAAAACACCGACAUUCUCUGUCCUUAGACUUUCCUGUGGUAGAACAGCCUUUCCUCUGACUGUUACAAAGCAUUGAAAAAGGAGACUCCAUAUAUUGUGUGUGUGUGUGUGUGUGUGUGUGUGUACACACACACACACCCAUAUCCUUACAGAUAGCUUCAGCAUAUCAAAGAUGGUACAUUUUGCUUUUGUUAAAUAACUACAAACUAUGUAUUAUUCAACUUAAAUAAUAUGGAGUACCUACCAUACAAGUCCCUGUAAAUUAGCCUUUACUAUCGAAACAAUAAAGCAUUAGAACAAGUACAAUAAUAUAAAACUGUUAUAUGCCUUACUGUGAAGCUGUUAUAGAAUUAAUUAUAAUUACUCAACACUUUCUGACAAAUCAGAUUUGAGAAUUUUACAGCAUUGUAGUGUACAGUGUAUUCACUGUUGUUUUUCACAAUACCAUCAUGUGCUAGUCAGUUUCAAGUUUAUACAUGUUGUGGAGUUGCCGGGUGGGUAGAUGGGUGUAAUUGUCAGGUUCUCACAGUGAAGCUUUGCAACUGUAGUUACAAAACAAUAGCAGCCAACAAGCAACAUCAAACUGCAAAACAGAUUUGUACAGUUUUAUGUGAUUAAAGGUACAUGUGCUGCUGUUUGUGGAAAUGUUUAAAAGGGUGAAAUAUCAAUGUAUAAUGCUUUAUUGUCUGCACAUGUGAUAAACAAGCAAAAUCUUUACUGUCUCACUCCUUGUCACUAAAUUUGUAUUGAUUGUUUUAGUAGCAGCUGAGUUUCACUUAUAAACACAUUUAAACAGGAUUCAUUUUAUUUCAUUUCAAGGAUGUUACAUGAUAGCCCAUGCUUCAUAGUUCCAACGUAGGACACUACUGAUGUCUGUUAAUUGUAUUUAUCUAACAGCGCCAAAUCACAGAAAAAGUAAUAAAUAAUAAAAACUUGCAUUUUUUUAGAAAUGUACUUCAGUAUGUUAUGUGAAUUCUUUUAUAGUGAGCAAUGAUGAGGUUUGAUGGUGUCACUGUGGUUAUGUGGACAGUGUUGUUACUGAACAUAUGCAGCAGAUGGUGCACUUGCUUCAAAUUAAACAUGACCACAAAUUCUGAUUUCACUUACUUAUAAGAAACUGACCUGUGACAUUCGGUUUAUGAGUAGUUAAUUAACCGUCAUGUAGCAAAUUUAACCCCUUCAGUGCCCUUGGAUGAGUCACGUACGUCAUGAAAUCUUUUACCGCUGUGCCUUAUGACGUACGCUAUACGUCCUUUGAUGUACCUUACAUAGCACAUUACUUUUACUUCACAGUGGCACAUAUGAAUUACAGUCAAUGACUAAAACAUUCUUCCGUCAUAAGGCAUAGCGGUAAAAGAUUUCAUGACGUACGUGACUCGUCCAAGGCCAUUAAAGGGGUUAAGACAGAUUCAUGUAUUCAGUGAUCUCAAAUGAGCUUUUUCCAACUUUUGCCCCAACGUUGGAAGUACAGAAUUGUCUAGAAUGCCGUUAUAUCCUGUAACAUUAAGCUUUCCCUUCACUGGAACUCAGGGGCCCAAAUGUAUUCCAGCAUGACAAUGCCCCUGUGCAUAAAGCAAGGUUGAGGCAUGGCUUGGCAAGUUUGGAGUGGAUGAACUCGAAUGGCUUGAACACCUUUGGGAUGAACUGAAACACUGAUUGCACCCCAGGCCUCUUGCUCUUAUCGUUGAAUGAGCAAAUCCCCACAGCUACACUCCAGAAUCUAGUGAAAAUCCUUCCCAGAAGAGUGAAAGUUAUUACAACUGACUAAAUUUGGAAGUAGAUGUUCAACAAGCACAUAUGGGAGUGAUAGUGAUGUGUCCACAUACGUUUGGCCUCAUUGUGAAUAAAUAUAUGUUAUAAGUAUUGUUAGUUACAAUAAUAGUUUUUUUUUCAAAAGUAAGAUUGCUUUUAAUAAAUGCAGAACAUUAUUUUCUGUUAUUUGCAUAAUAUUUAAGAUGUCUUCACAUACAGUACAUGAAUUAAAAGUUUAAUAAUAAA